UCGCCAUCUAUGUAGCCUUGAAUCCAUAUUUAGGCAUAUUUGGCACUGAAGAUUGAGACACCAUGCAUCAGGAUAGCAUAGCAUUCAAGAAAAACAAUGAGACGGCUAACAGUAAGGGAGAUAUCGCGGAAGUCGACAGUGCUUCAGAAAGCUUUGCUGCGGAGGAAAUUGAGGAUGAAAGUGAAGCUGAAGAGUACGAGGUUGAGAGGGUGGAUGGACACCGUCGGGAUUCCAGUGGUAAACUUUCAUUUUUAUUGAAAUGGAAGGGGUACAGUGAUAAGGACAGUACAUGGGAGAAGAGUGAAAAUCUUUCCUGUGAGGAGCUCAUCGAGGCAUAUUGGGAGCGGUAUGAAGCUAAAGGAGGGAACCGAGACGACCGCUAUGGGAAAGCUCCGAAGACAAAGGGACGUCCUGCUCAGAAGCGCGGUGCUGGCACUAAGGCCAAUAGAGUCUCUACUUCACCGGCUGCUCAACAAACUCGUAAUUUGAGGAGGCAUUCGUCUUCAUCGUUAUCACGAACUUCAUUAGUGCCAGAAGAAAAUGGUUCUCAGGCGCAGGAGGUGGGAGAAAACUUAUCUGGUAUUGGGGGUGAUGGAAGCUUGACUAACUCUGCGCCCAAAAAACGGAAAAUAGAGGAUGUCCAAGAGGGACUGCAAAGCAGAGGUGGUGGCAACAUUGUCGACGAAAGUGAUAAAGAAGCAAAGAAGAUCCAAUACCAAGGCGACGAAUCGACUAGUGACAACCAAGAGGAUAAUGAUAAUGAUUGGGAGCCGCCAACGACAUGGACAUCUUGGGAAGAACAUGUGGACUAUGUUCAGACGGUAGAGCAGUCUGAAAAAAUGAUGGUUGUGUACCUGAUGUGGAAGAAUGGCAAGAGUAGCGUGCACCCUGUCACUGACGCGCACAAAAAAUGCCCACAAAAGCUAAUUCACUUUUAUGAACGUCAUCUACGCUUCUCUGCAGCAGGGUGAGAGGCCAUGGAUCUUGACG